AUGGCUUCAGGCUCUCAGAGAUUAUCUCUCACCUUUCUCCAGGGCGUGGGAUCUGUCUUCUUCAUCCUUCAGAUCAUCUGUGUUCAGGCUGAUGGGAAAGUGUUUGCACUUGAGUCCAAGAACAACUCUCAGGGUCUGGAUUUAGCUGAAGCUGAGAAAGCUUGUGUUGACCUGAGUGCUCGCUUAGCAACUGCAGAAGAACUGAAAAGGGCUGUUCUGGACUGUUCUUUUGCUGGCUGCACCACGGGAUGGCUCGCUGGUGGCUCCACUGGGACAAUUAUAUGCAGAAAGACGGGCAGCAAACAGCAGAGCGUGAAAGCCAUUGAUGUUAAAAUUGAAACCGAUCCCUUUGUGAAUGACCAAUAUGAUGCUUUUUGUGUAAAGGAUGAAGACAAGCCCUGCGGGGACCCGCCGUCCUUCCCCCACACCAUCCUGCAUGGGCACACUGGCUUUGAAAUGGGGGACGAGCUGCUGUACGUUUGCGCCCAGGGGUACAUCAUGGGCAACAAGGAGACGGCGUUCACGCUGCUCUGCGACAGCUGCGGAGAGUGGUAUGGGCAGGUUCAGGCCUGUGUCAAAGAUGAAACCGAAGCACACAUUGACUAUGAAGAUAACUUUCCUGAUGACAGAUCGAUACCUAUUAUUGAGAAUGAACAUGUCAAUGGCAAAGAGGAAAUUGAGCAGGAGCAAGAACAGCUUUCCUUCAGUAAAAGUUCAGAGGAAGGAAGAAUUGGAAGUACCAAAGGUGUUACUCAGGACACAGACACUUCUGAAAAAGGAAGCAGGGCACCAACUGAGUCCCCCGUGUCACUCCUAAGCCAAAAAAACUUGUUUUGGUUUCCAUCGGAGGCUUUCAGUGUGCCUGAAUCAGAGAAAGAGACAGGUGAUUCCACUAAAGCACAGUUUUCUGAAGGUGAUAACCACAUUGGAGUGAAGACAGCCUAUGAUGAACCUGGUGCCAGAAUGUUUUAUGACAGUGAGGAUUUCCCCAUUGGACCCAUUCUCACAACUAAUGAUACAAAGGCAGAGAUAGAUGCAGUUGCCAUUACUGACGAGUCAUGGUUAGACGGCUAUCCAGUAACACAAGAAGUGGUAGAGGAUGAUGAAGAGGAGGGGGAUAAAGUUGAUGGUUCAAUGGGAACAGAAGACGAUGUCAUCCUCACGACUGACCAACCGAAUCACGUUGAAGUAAGAAAAUCGGGCAAUGGUAGCCCAGCUCCAGAGGAAGGUUUAACACAAAUUGUGGCAGCAACAACAAGGAUAGAUGAUGAAGGGGCCAAAGAGACACCGGUACCACUUACGUCAGUGAGUGGUCUGGAGAACUUAAGUGUGAGCAGAGGUUAUGAUGAUGCUGCAUGGGACCACCCAACUACAUCUCUGGAAACUGUGACUCAGGAGCCCAGUACAACGAUGAUGUUUGACAUAACCAGCUUAAAAACAUCCAUGUCAGAAACCUCUGUGAUGGUCAGCCCCUCUGAUCACACUCUGUAUGCAGAACCAAAAGAAACAACCGCCUACCCAGCACAAGUAGCAACCACUGCACCAGCUCCAGAUAUCAUUACUGACACGUCGUCUCAGGAAUUAGCUGAGCAAGAAAAUCUCACCCAGGGCCUUGGAGAAAAGCUUGUCCCCACUUCGGAGCCAUGUGAGGGAGAGGAUUGUCCCAAGUCCAGUAAAGGUGCUAUCAUAGCAGUAAUUGUGAUUCUUCUCUGCUUGUUACUGGUUGCAGCUGUACUGGCUGUGUGGUUUUUCAAAAAACGGCAGCAGAAAAAUUCUGUCUAUAAGCUAAAUGGAAGGUGUCAACCCAGACAUCAUUGCUACCACCACUACCACCACCAGCACAUCGAAAUGCAGAAAGUCUAA